UCAUGAAGAAGGAUUGUGGGUUGACCAUCGGCCAUCAUAGUAUUUUGCUGUAUAUAUAGACAACCAUGACUGAUCAUACUAGAGAAACCUCUAGUCCAACCCCUAAAGAAACUUGUACUGUACCUAAAAGAAGAGGUCCCAAUUCAUGUAGAAUCUUGAAAAAGAAAAAGGGAAAAGGUGAAAUAUCAGUUCAGUUUGAUGAGUUUAAUAGGCCAGUUGGCGAGUAUAAAAAGAAAUUUGUCUCUUAUAUUGGGGCUUUGGUUCGCGAUAGAGUAAAUAUCAAUAGCGGCACUUGGCCCGACGUAGAUGCAACAAUUAAAAAUUCAAUUUGGACAGAUGUUAAGGCACAAUUUGGUCUUCAAGAUGAUGCACAGAAAUUUUUUGUAUUGAAAAUUACAUCAAAGAGAUGGAGAGACUUCAAGAGUAGAUUGAAGCAUGAACAUAUUGUCAAUAAGCACCCAAAGUAUGAGUCUCCCGUACAACUCUAUGAUUUCUUGAGUGAAGAGAGUUGGUUGGAAUUUGUUGCAAAUCGCGAGAGUGAGGAAUUCAAUGAGAAAAGUGAAAAGGCAAAGCAAAGGCAGGCAUGCAAUGUGCAUCCACACUUCCUACUUAUAUACGACCUCCAAUUGUUGGUGAAAAUGUGUUUUUGCUUUUGGGGACAUAUUGCAAGGACCUUGUCAGAGCGUUGUCAUCAUUUUCUGUUAAGAAAGAGUACAUUGAUGUGGAAUUGGAUUCUGCUGUUUUCCAUCAUGCAAACGUGAAUGCUGUUUAUGUGAUGAUAUGUGAUAUACAUGAUUUGUUGACAUUGGCUUGCCUCGAUGUCUCAAUUAUACAAGUGUUUAUGAUGUUUUUGAAUAAGCGGGGUAAGCAGCUUGGAGUGACAUCUAUCGGGUUUGCAUGUCCAACACAAAUUUCAGCAGAUAUGGGUCACUUAAAUUCCUCUUCUGUUACAUCAAAUUUCAUUAAGGUCAUGGAGGAACACAAUGAUCAGCAUUUCAUUUUGGCACCAUAUCAUGAAAAUAAUCAUUGGAUAUUGCUUGUGAUUUGCGCAUCUUCAAAAACAGUGUAUGUGUUUGAUCCUUUGAAAAAUGCAAGACACUUUGAAGUCAAAAUUUAUUUGAAUAUGGAAUUUCGAUCUCUUUCUACAAUUGGAGGAAGAACUAAAGCGAUUGAUUGGAAGCAAUGCAAAUGUCCACAACAGCCGGGAGGCACUGAAUGUGGAUAUUAUGUACUAAGAUACAUGUUAGAGAUCGUUACUAAGUAUUCAAAGGUUGAUUGUCUACAUGGGAUAUUUGAUAAUGAAGCACCCUACUCCUUGAACGACAUAGAUGAAGUUCGAGAGUUGUGGGCAGAAUAUUUUCUAGAAGAGUGCGUGUAAAUUUAUUUAGUUUAAACAUUAACUUAUGCUUAGUUUAUGUUUGAAUGUAGUGUUGAUUGUUAUUAUAUAUUGUGUUGAUAUUAUAAGUGUA